GCCGAAGUUGACGGAUGAAGAGAAGUUCCACGUUUUUGUGCCUGAGGAAUUCGUCUUUUAAUUAAGUCGAUGUUCUUUGCUUGCGCUUCGUUCUGAGUAUGACGGUAGCAGCAUGCCAAUUUCGUCUGCAGCCACAGUUGCGCCGUUGCAUGUUUGCUCGGUUCAUCAAGGAUCGUGUUGACACACGUUAAGUGCCGCUGCGACUCAUGGCUCCUAGUGCAGUGCCCAUCGCUCAAGCAGAACGAGGUAGGUCGUCAUGGUAAAUUACCACAUGAUGGUGUUGCUGUGGAAUCACAGGAUAUCAAGGCUGCUGUCAGUACAGCCUCAGUAGGCAGCUUCACCACAAGCACCAUCACCUGGCUGUUUAGGUGCAGAGAGGAAGGCUCAGGCAGAGGAAUACAUGAUGUUGAUUUGAAAUGUUCCACUGCAUCAAAGAGGUUUUAUCAUUGUUUUGUUGGUCCUCGGCUCAGAAGAGUACUUCCAAGCUUCAUCGGUGUCCUUGUGAAACUGGAACUCCUCGCUUCUGUUUUGAAUUGUGGUUUGGACCCGCUGAAGGAAGCUUUUUGCCCACUAGUGUGAAGUGCUCCUCUGGCUCCAUUCCUGUGUGUGGAGUCUGGACCGGCUCUGCUGGACAUUCCAAUGCAAUUGAAUAUGCUACCCCAGGAUGUCCCUGAAUCCAAUGUGCGGAUGUGGAAAGAAGGUUCUGGGACCGCUCUGCAGAACAGCCACAAUGAGGUUGUUCAUGACGUUCAAGAGGAGGAAACCUAUCACACACCCCAGCUUGACUACAAGGAGCCGCGUUGGUGCCACACCAUGAGACUGCCCAACGGAGAGGUCACCUGCUUCUCCCCCCGUGGGCCCAAUUACCGCAGUACCCUGGGCACGCGCUGCGAGCUGACCUGCGACCGCGGUUUCCGGCUGCUGGGCCGAGCCUCGGUGCAGUGCAUGCCAACCCGGCGCUGGUCGGGGACCGCACUGUGCCGCCAGCAGCGUUGCCAUGUACUGCCGCUGAUCUUCCACGGCACCUACAGCUGCACCAAAGGAGUGCUGGUGGACUCCAAGUGCGACUACACUUGCAACCCGGGCUACAUGAUCGAGGGCGCCAAUAGCCGUAUGUGCCAGGAGGGCGGAACGUGGAGUGGCAGGGAGCCCACCUGUGCAGAUCGUGACCCUCCAAAAAUCCAGUGCCCGCUGUCCCGAGUGAGGAUCGCGGAUCCAGGGCAGCUGACCGCCAAGGUGACCUGGGAUCCUCCUGUUGUCAAGGAUACCGCUGACGUCUCUCUGACCGACGUGACACUUGUAGGCCAAAUGCCAGGCUCCAGUUUUGAAGAAGGGAUACACGUUAUUCGGUAUAAAGUGUACGACCAGGCCAGGAACAAGGCUGCCUGCAAGUUCGUCGUCCGUGUGGAGGUGAGGCGGUGCCCCACACUUCCACAGCCCCUCCACGGUUACCUCACUUGCUCCGCGGACGGGAACAACUACGGGGCGGAGUGCGAGUACCACUGCGAGCAAGGCUACGAGAGGCAGGGCCCGCGACUGAGGGUGUGUCAGUUCGACCGCAGCUGGUCCGACGUGGCGCCAACAUGCGUCCAGACGGAGAUCAACGUCAAGGUCGAAACUGCUGGUGCCCUGCUGGACCAGUUCUACGACAAGCGUCGGCUGCUCAUCGUGUCCACGCCCAACAAGGCCAAUGAGUACUACAAGCUCCAAGAACUCAUGUUGGAGAAAGCUGAUUGCGGCCUGGACAUGCGGAAGGUGACUGUCAUCGAGCUGCUGGGAAGAGCUCCUCACGCGGUGGGUCGUAUCAAGGACAAACACCUGGACCCCAUGGUCAUCAAGGAGCUCAGGCUUGCCCUGAGGAUUUCCAGGACCUUCUUCUCCAUGGUGCUCUUGGACAAACGGGGCGUGGACCGCGAGCGCUUUAGGGAACCCGUCUCCUUGGAGGAGCUGUACUCCGUCAUUGACAUGUACCUGCUGAACGAAGAGGAGCACGAGCGCCUGGAGCCUUACAAGAGCCUCUGCGACUGAGUCUCUGGUUGCCACCUCCUCCCCCAAAGGGGCAGGGAGGGUUUAUUGGCCAGUGCACCACCUGGUGGCUGACCACUGAGCACAGUGUAUGGCAGGAGGCUCUGUGGAAUACAACCAUCUGUGCUCAACAACAAGACAAUGAUGCGAGCAAGUGCCAGAAUCUGCCGAAAAACAGAACGAAAGAACCUUUUCGCAGCAGCCUACUCUUGUCCAGUGGAUCUGAGGUUACGGCUCAGUAGGCGUGUGCGUAAUGUUAGUCCAUUGUGUGGCCAGGUGUUCGAGUCCAAAGUUUGCCUUAAAUGUCAACGAAUAAUAUUAACAAGUCUUUACAAAAGGCACAGUUUCACAGAUUGAAGAACGCAGGCGUUUUUUUUUUUUUGUAUUAACAUCCAUAAAGUAUCGCUUUAAAGUGAAUGCACAAUAUUAAAAUCAUAGACAGCAGCUUAAGAGUUAAAUAUUUAUUAAG